GGUCCAGGCGGCGGCGUUGGCGGCUCAGGCGGGUCCAGGUGGCUGCGGAUCCAGGCGGAGGCGGUUAGGGCGGCUACAGCGGACGCAGGUCCUACGGAUCGAGGCGGAGAAGGCGGCGACUCAGCGGAUCAGGCGGAGAAGGCGGCGGCUCAGCGGAUCCAGGGGCGCGGAGGCCUGGCGAGCGCGGGCGCGGGCGCGCUGCCCAGCUAGCGCCCCCGCGGAGCUCGCGACCCAGCCUAGGGCUCCUCGCGGUGGCCUGGGGCUCGCGGUGGCCUCGGGGUCGCGGCGUCGCGCGCUGGCCUGGCGAGCACCAGCACGGGCACGGGGCUAGCACACCCGCCGAGCUCGCGACCCGGCCUGGGGCUCGCGGUGGCCGGAGCCAUGGAUUCGUCCAGUCUCGGAGAAAACCCUAGGUCAAAUCAUAGAGAGAUAAAUCUUGUUGUUAGAGUACGGUCGUUUUUCAGUUUGCCUGAUGGUGGUCCAAAGUCAUGGAUGCAGGGCAAAACAUUGCCAACUCAAAUUGUUGACAUACAUGCCUAUGGUCUGCAGCAAUUAGUUGAUUUCAUUGCCGAGCAUUACAUGUGGGGAUCAAAGCAGUACAUAACUUUUUCGCGUGAGUUGGAGACCGAUUCUAUUGAGAUAAAAUCAGAUGAGGAUAUGCUUGAGUGGUUUGAGUGCAAUCUUAACAAGGGAGUAGCCCAAAUCAAUGCCCAGGUAAAUGAGUUUGUAGGACCACUGCAAUUUUCACCAACCAAACGUAGGUGUCACCCUUCUCUUAGAAAUAAAGUACAUGCAAAUGAGAGAGGCACUAGUGAGUCACAGACCAAUGAGAGAUCCCAAAAUGAGAGAGUGACAUCCACCACCAAGAAAAAAAGAGCCACCAAAGCCAAAAGCAAAGGUGCACAUGAUGAUGAAUGUGUAGGAGUUGAUGAGGAGGGCACGCAUUCUGACACUGAUUCUCUUGUGACACCGAGUGAUAGCAGCUAUGACAGUGAUUUGGCUGCAUCAUCUGACUCUGCUGAUGGUUGCUCUGACCCAGAAUUUGACCCUGAUGGUGAAGUAUUUGAUGAUGAUGAUGAAUAUGAUCCUCCCCCCUUUUCAUAUGAUGUCGAUGAUCCAACUAUUGAUGUAGGUAUUGUGUUCCCUGAUGUGGAUCAGUGCAAAUCUGCAGUAACCCAUCAUGCUAUCUUGAAUGAUCAUGGUUAUCAUAUUGUGAAAAAGGAUAGACGAAGGUUUAGAGCCAUAUGCAAGAGGGCCAAAGAAGGUUGUAAUUGGAAGUUUUUUGCAUCUACGAGCAAGAAGUACCUUGGCUGCAAGGUUAAGAUGAGUGGACCAAAGCAUACAUGUGGUUCAUUCAAUAAUUGCGGUGAAACGAUGGCCUCCAACAAAUGGGUAGCCGAAAGAGUAGUUGACUUGUUGCGGGACGACCCUGAAAUGGGACCAAAGGAGUUGCAAGAUAGGCUAAAAAAGAAGUACUCCAUUGAAAUUCCAUAUGACAGAGUUGUGAGAGGCAAGAUGAGAGCAAUGGACACCAUAUAUGGGAAGUGGGCUGACAGUUAUGACUUGCUACCUACCUAUCAAGCUGAGCUUUUGAGAGUGGUACCUGGCAGUAUUGUUGAGAUAGACACUGAAGAAGAUGACAAUGGCUAUGUGUGUUUCAGCAGGUCCUUUGUUGCUCUUAAACCAUGCAUUGAUGGGUUUUUGCAAGGAUGUAGGCCUUAUAUUGCCAUGGAUGCCACACAUUUGACAGGGAGAUCUAGGGGUCAGUUAGCAGCAGCUGUUGCAGUGGAUGGUGAGAAUAGGCUAUUUCCAGUUGCUUAUGGAGUGAUUGAGACUGAGUCCAAGGAAAGUUGGACUUGGUUUGUCAAUAACUUGAAGAAGGCUAUUGGUACUCCUUCAGGCUUGGUCAUUAGUACAGAUGCGGGGAAAGGAAUAGAGGGGGCUGUAGAUGAUGUGUACCCUGGAGUUGAACAUAGAGAGUGCAUGAGGCAUUUGUGGAAGAACAUGAAGAAAAAUGGUUAUACUGGUGAGCUUUAUGGUAAGAAUAUGUGGGCUGCAGCUAAGAGCUUCACAAUUGACAAGUUCAAUUACUUUAUGGGAAAGAUAGAGGAGAAGGAUCCUAGUGCACUUGCUUGGUUGGAUGACAAUCAUCCAUAUAUGUGGAGUAGAAGCAAAUUCUUUGAAAAUUGCAAGGUAGAUUACAUCAACAACAACCUCUCUGAGUCCUUCAAUAGCUGGGUGUCAAAAACAAAAGAUUUUCAAAUUGUGGAUAUGCAUGAUAAGAUAAGACAGAUGAUCAUUGAAAAAUUUGUUUUGAGAGCCAAGAUUGCUAGUAACAUGACAGGAACAAUCAUCCCAUCUAUCAUAGCAGCCCUAAAUGCUAAAGUUAAGAGUAUAAAGGACCAUGAGGUACUAAUAUGUGGUGCUGGAUGUGCUGAAGUGACCGUGAACAGAUUUAGACAUGCAAUUAACUUGGAGCAUCAUACAUGUACUUGUAGGGCUUGGCAAGUGACUGGAAAGCCUUGCACCCAUGCUUUAGCUUUCAUUGCUAAGCUGAGUAGGCAGGUACAAAUGGAUGACUUUGUCCAUGAGUACUUCUCUGUGGAUAGGCUCAAAAAGACAUAUGAAUGCACUUUCAACCCAAUGACAUCCAAGGAUAGAUGGACACAUGUCAACUUAGACUACAAAAUCCAUAAGCCUAUACUGAGAAGGAAACCAGGGAGGCCAAGAAACUCUAGAAUCAAGUCCUAUGAUGAAGCAAGCACAAGUAAGAAAAAGAGGCCUUGUUCUGAAUGUAAUGAACUAGGCCACACAGCUAAGCAUUGCCAAGGAGGCCUCACAGCUAGUCAAAAGAGAAAGUUUUUAUCUUCACAAACUGAAUUAUCUUCACAAGUAUCAACUGUGAGUGAAAGGGGAAGGGGAAGAGGAAGAGGAAGGGGAAGUAUAAGUGUAAGUGCAAGUGCAGCAGGGACAGAAGGUGCUGAAUCAGGAAGGGGAAGGGGAAGUGCAAGUGCAAGUGCUGGUGAAACAGAAACAGAAGAUGCUGGAUCCGGAAGGGGAAGGGGAAGGGGAAGGGGAAGGGGAAGGGGAAGAGGCAGGGGCAGGGGAAGGGCCAAUACAAGUGAAACAGGAACAAGAGAUGCUGGAAGAGGUGGAACAAUAGGAAGAGGGAGAUCCAGAAGCUUAGCUGCAUUGUUAGGAAUAGAUGCAUAAAUUUAUUCUCAAUGGGCAUGUAAUACCUCUCUAGUAGUUGAUGCUUCGGUCCCUUGAUGCUUUUGGUGCAUAUGCACGUGGAUGCCAUCUGGUGUUGUACUUCUGCACCUAUGAUGUUGCUUUUGCUGAACCUAUGAUGUUGCUUUUGCUGCACCUAUGAUGGAUCUUAUUGCACUUUGCAUGUGAUCCAGACUUUAUAAAUGCAACUUAUGUUAUGAUGCUGUCAAAA